UAAUAAGUAGUACUGAUACAAAAAGUUAGGGUUACAGGUUUUGGUUACGGCUGCUGAGGGAAGAGGUUGAAGGAGAAGAAGAAGAAGAAGAACUAUGGCCGUCGGGAAGAACAAGAGGAUUUCUAAGGGCAAAAAGGGUGGCAAGAAGAAGGCUGCUGAUCCCUUUGCCAAAAAGGAUUGGUAUGAUAUCAAGGCCCCUUCCGUGUUCCAGGUCAAGAAUGUUGGCAAAACCCUUGUCUCACGUACCCAGGGAACCAAGAUUGCUUCUGAAGGACUCAAACAUCGGGUGUUUGAGGUCUCAUUGGCUGAUCUUCAAGGGGAUGAGGACCAUGCCUUCAAGAAGAUCCGUUUGAGAGCUGAGGAUGUUCAAGGGAAGAAUGUUCUGACAAACUUCUGGGGGAUGGAUUUCACAACUGACAAGUUGAGGUCAUUGGUACGAAAAUGGCAAACAUUGAUCGAGGCUCAUGUGGAUGUUAAGACUACUGAUAAUUAUACUUUGAGGAUGUUCUGCAUUGGCUUUACUAAGAGGCGUAGUAACCAGGUCAAGAGGACCUGUUAUGCACAAUCAAGCCAAAUCCGACAGAUUCGCAGGAAAAUGAGAGAGAUAAUGGUCAACCAGGCAACAUCAUGUGAUUUGAAAGAAUUGGUCCGCAAGUUCAUCCCUGAAAUGAUUGGAAAAGAGAUUGAAAAGGCAACCUCUAGCAUCUAUCCUCUGCAGAACGUGUUCAUUCGCAAAGUUAAGAUCCUGAAAGCGCCUAAGUUUGAUCUUGGGAAACUGAUGGAGGUUCACGGGGAUUACUCAGAAGAUGUUGGAACUAAGGUGGAUAGACCCGCUGAUGAAACAAUGGUUGAGGGAGCUACUGAAGUAGUUGGAGCUUAAUCUGGCUCAUAAUGCAUUUUUGUUUGUUUAGAAUUUCUGUUGCUUUUUGCUAAUAUUUAUUUGUUCAGUUUUGCUGUGACAUUUAAAAGUAUUUGUUUUUGCAAUCUAAACCUGGAUUUUUGGUUUGGUAAAGUUCAUUGGUACAACCCAAUAACUAAGCACCUUUUGAAGAUGCCUAAUUUUCUAGA